AUGUGGUCUUUACUCAGCCAAUCAGAAGAGAUCACCCUACAUCACAGAUCACAUGACUGUGGCGUUCGACCAAUCAGCAGAGACCUGGAGUCCAUCUAACUUUCUCUUUCCACUGAUGGCGCUAAAAGACGCUAAAGAGACCGAGCUGCCCGUAAAUUUCUGUACUAAACUUCGAAACUAGCCAUGGCAAUGUCUGCCCGCAUGUUUUAUGCCAAGAAGCAGAAUACUGUCGUGCCCACCCACCCUGCCAUCAGUGAUGAUGAUGAGGAGGAUGAUGAUGAUGUGGCAGACCCUGAUUUUGUCCCACCCACCCACAACCAGGACAUUCCAUGUAGUGAUACUGACCCCUCUGCCAGGAGGAAAUGGAUCCAGCCUGUGGUGGAAGUGCUCCAAGAAAAUGACAGUGAGGACAGUGAGUACAGUGAGGAUGACAACGAUGAUGAUGAUGACGAUGAUGAUGAUAAUGUGCAGCCAGCAGUACAAGCCCAGAGGCCAAGGCCUGGCAAGUCGGCACCCAGGCCAACCACUUGGCAUAAAGUUGACCUGAACAACACAGCCCUUCCUGAAUACCAGCACGCUGCCCCAGACUACAUUGACAUGCCUUUUCAGUACUUUAUUAGGUACUUUGAUGCCCAAAUAAUCAGUCACAUAACAUAUCAGACAAACUUGUAUGCUGCUCAAAAGGACAUCAACACCACUUUCUCCACCAAUGAGAAUGAAAUAAUGACCUUUCUGGCCAUCCUCAUCUAUAUGGGUGUUGUUCAGCUCCCCUCUGUUGAAGAUUACUGGGCCAUGGAAACCAGGGUCCCUCAAGUUGCCGACCUGAUGUCAUCAAAGAGGUUCAGGCUGCUGAAAAGGGUUAUCCACUUCAAUGACAACACUCAGAUCCCUGGCACCAGCGACCGUUUCUUCAAAGUCCGGCCCCUGUUCAGCUAUCUCAAUAAUGCCUUCAGGCGUGAGCCACAGACCCCCAAACAGUCUGUAGAUGAGGUUAUGGUUGCCUACAAAGGGAAGACAGCUGGCAACCUAAGGCAAUAUAUCAAAAGCAAGCCAGACAAGUGGGGUUUUAAGUUGUUCGCGAGGGCUUCUGAGGACGGCUUCAUCCAUGACAUGGUGCUCUACCAGGGCAAAACUACCCUGGAGGCCCAUGAUGUACCCCAGACGCCUGAACAAAAAGUGCUGGGUGCCACCAGUCAGAUUGUUGCUGUCCUGGCAAGUACCAUGUCCUCCCCCACCACCACAGCCAUCUUUGCUGACAACUUUUUUACCAGCAUGGAGCUAGUGCGGUACCUCAGAGAUCAGAAUUGCAGGUACACAGGGACAGCAAGGGACAAUAGAAUAAAAAAUCCUCCACUCAAGUCCAUCAAGGAGAUGGAGAAGAAGGCUGUACCCCGUGGCACUUAUGACUAUGCUACCAGUGAUGAUGGGAUACUGGCCGUCAGAUGGAAGGACAACAGAACGGUCACUCUGCUGUCAACAGACAUGGGGGUGGAGCCGAUGUCCUCAGUCAUUAGGUACUGCAGUGAGACCAAGAUGAAGGAGCCUGUGAGCUGUCCAGCCAUCAUCAAGAGUUAUAACGCCAACAUGGGGGGCAUUGAUAAAAGUGACAUGUUGGUACACCUCUACCGCACCCCCAUGAAGUCCAAGAGGUGGUACUUGCGUCUGUUCGCAUAUGCCGUGGAUGUCAGUAUCACAAAUGCCUGGGUUGUGUACAGACGGGAUAGUAUGGCCCUUGGAGUGAAAGACCAGUCUCUGAAAGAUUUCAGAAUCCAGGUGUUCAGGGGUGCCAGCGGCCAGACAUCUGCCAAAUCAAGCUCCAGAAGAAGCUCAUCCUCAUCUGUUGAAAGCCUGAGCAUGUAUGUCGCUGUACCUGAGCCUGUGCGGGGACACCGCAGCCACACACCAAAUGAGGCUGUGCGCUUUGACCUGUCCCUCUUCCAUGCCCCUGUACAUGACAAACGCCAGACCUGCAAGUACUGCAGCCGGAAAGGCAACAUUGUGAGGUCAAAUGUGGUAUGCAGGGUCUGCAAGGUCCACCUUUGCAUGAACAGUGAGCGCAACUGCUUCAUUAGAUACCAUGAAUAAGAAACAUGAAUGUUGAAAGUUGUACUGUGUAUGUUAUAUAGUUUCUAAAGUUAUGAUGAAUGUUAUACUGUUAUACAGUACAUAAAGAUUUACUGUGCAUGUGAUACUGUAUGUUAUACAGUAUAUAAAGUUGUACUGUGUGUUAUACUGUUAUACAGUACAUAAAGAUGUACUGUGUAUGUGAUACUGUAUGUUAUACAGUAUAUAAAGUUGUACUGUGUGUUAUACUGUUAUACAGUACAUAAAGAUGUACUGUGUAUGUGAUACUGUAUGUUAUACAGUAUAUAAAGUUGUACUGUGUGUUAUACUGUUAUACAGUACAUAAAGUUGUAUUCCUGUAUGUUCCUUUCACCUUAGAGGUGUUUUUGUUGUAUAUGUAACAUAUACACUUAAUGGAUUUUUUUUUUUACUACUGAAGGGCAAGGAACCAAAUAUGGUAACUUCGUUUACUUUGUUUUUCUGCAAGACAAUGGAAUUUUUUGAAAAUGUUGAAAACAGAAAUAAACUCUGGUUAUGGCACAGACACAUAGUCUAUAGUUGAUUUUUUGAAUUUCAUAGUAUUUC